UUUAUUUAUUGAAAAGUGCGCGUGUUUCCGGUGCGCCUCACGCUCACCGCUGCAGUCGCACGCGCUUGGCGGGAGUCACUGAAGUUUACAAACUCGCUGUCCUCUUUCUCUUUCAGCUGAUAUUUUAUGAAUAUAAUUUUCAGUCAGAGGUGGUUUGUAGUCUCCAGUGAUCAUGCCGUCCAGUCUGGGCUCCAGCAGUCCAGCCGCAGCUCUCCAGGAGGCUUUGGAAAGCUCCGGCCGCUUGAUUGACAGACACCUGCAGGAGGAUCGGUGUUUCCCAGACCUCUCGGAGCUGCUCAAUGUCCCGUCACACAAUAUGCCUUCGCUCUCGGGGAUGUCGGACAUGGAUUACCCCCUGCAGGGACCGGGUCUGAUCAGCGUGCCGAGUCUACCGGAGCUCAGCGCCAUCCACAGGGUUCCUCUGCCUCCGGAGCUCGUCGAGCAGUUCGGUCAUAUGCAGUGCAAUUGCAUGAUGGGAGUUUUCCCUGAAAUCUCCAGAGCGUGGCUCACCAUCGAUAAUGACAUUUUUAUGUGGAAUUAUGAGGAUGGGAGUGAUGUGGCGUAUUUUGACGGGCUCAGUGAAACUAUUCUCUCAGUUGGACUGGUCAGACCUAAGCCUGGUAUUUUUCAGCCUCACAUCCACUUCCUGUUAGUGUUGGCCACUCCGGUGGAUGUCGUGAUCCUGGGCUUGAGCUUCCCAAAAGCUCAUACAGGUCUGAAUGACAGCAUGUCAGGAGCCAUGCAGCUGUUGCCAGAUCCUCUCUACUCCAUCCCCACGGAUAACACCUACCUGCUGGCCAUCACCUCCACGGACGUGGGCCGCAUCUUCAUGGCGGGGAAAGACGGCUGUCUGUAUGAGAUCGCCUAUCAGGCUGAAGCGGGCUGGUUCAGUCAGCGCUGCAGGAAGAUCAAUCACUCCAAGAGCAGCCUGUCCUUCCUCAUCCCUUCCCUGCUGCAGUUCUCCUUCUCCGAGGACGAUCCCGUUGUCCAAAUUGCUGUUGAUAAUUCAAGGAACAUUUUAUACACGCGUUCGGAGAAGGGCGUCCUGCAGGUGUAUGAUCUCGGCGCUGAUGGGCAGGGAAUGAGUCGAGUCGCAGCCAUGUCUCAGAGCUCCAUCGUCUCAGCGGCGGGAAACAUCGCCAGGACGAUCGACCGCUCCGUGUUCAAACCCAUUGUUCAGAUCGCAGUAAUUGAUCGGCCAGAGUCGUCAGACUGUCAGCUGUUGGCCGUCACUCAUGCUGGUGUGCGUCUUUACUUCAGCACCAUCCCCUUUGCUCCUCCAAACGCCAAACACACCUCGGCCCGGCCCAGCAUCCUUGCGCUGGUGCACGUGCGUCUGCCGCCUGGGUUCUCUGUGUCCUCCACCCUCCAGAAACCGGCUAAAGUUCACAAGGCUCUCUACAGUAAAGGAGUUCUGCUGAUGGCUGCGUCUGAGGCAGAAGACAGCGACGUUCUGUGGUGCAUCAACCACGAUUCCUUUCCCUUUAAGAAGCCCCUCAUGGAAGCUCAGGUCAGAGAUGUUAUUUCCUUUUCCUGUCCGGCUGCUCAUUUGUUUGUCCACCAUGGAAUUCACAGCGUCCCGCCGCAGAAGUUUGUUCUCCUGUCCGCUCAGGGGAGUCACAUCUUCCACAAGCUGCGGCCGGUGGAUCAGCUGCGCCACCUGCUGGUGAGCAGCGCUGGAGGAGAGAGUGAGGAGAUCGAGAGGUUCUUCAAGCUGCACGGGGAAGGGCAGGCGUGUGCCACGGCGCUCAUCUUGGCCUGUUCCUCAGCGGCGUGUGAUCGAGAGGUUUCUGUGUGGGCCACACGAGCCUUCUUCAGGUCAGAUAUGAACUUAUAUCAUUGUUCUUUCCCAGAAACUCUGGGCCCGCUCUUCAGUUCCCCCGUACCAGGAUCCCCAAUGUCUGUCGGCAGCCCCCUACCAAACCCCAGUUUCCUUGCCACACCUGCCCCAGGUAUAAACCACCCCUCAGACCAGCAAUACUUUACUAAUCUGUCUCUACUAUUGGAGAGUACGGCCAGUUCCUCUGAUCUGGAGGUCAUCUUGAUGGAGCUUCAGGGCUUGAAGGAGUUCCUGGACAAAAACUCCCAGUUCAGUUCAGCUUCUCUGGCAGUUGGCAGCCCCAGCUCGCCAGCAAACCUCCAGCAGAGGCUUCUGGGAUACAUGCGUCCCGAUGGCUCCAGCUCUCAGCAGGUGCAGCAGGAGCUCCAGAGGAAGUACCACACGGAGGCUCAAGUGUAUGAGAAAGCGUCUCUUCAGGCCAUGCAGCAGCUGGUUCAUCGCUCGUAUCAGACGCUGGCGCUCUGGAAGCUUCUGUGUGACCAUCAGUUCAGCCUCAUCAUCUCCGAGAUGCCCAAAGAGUUUCAGGAUCAGAUAAAGGCGGUGAGUUUUAAGGAUGUGGUUGUUUGUGGACGGGAGCUGAGCGGCGCUCUCAUCACGGCCCUCAUUAACGUGUACAUCAAGGACAGCGCGUGUGUAGACACCGUCAGCGCUCACCUGAGAGACAUCUGCCCUCUGCUGUACAGCUGCGACGACAGCAUCUGCUCCAAGGCCAACGAGCUGCUGCAGGGCUCCAGACAGAUCCAGAACAAGCUGGAGAAGGAGCGAACGCUGAAGGAGUCCCUGCGUCUCUAUCAGCAGAUCAGCCACCACACAGACCUGCCCCUCGUCUGCUCUCAGUACCGGCAAGUGCGCUUCUAUGAGGGAGUGGUGGAGCUCUGUCUCACGGCCGCCGAUAAGAAGGACCCUCAGAAGCUGGGGCUGCACUUCUACAGGAACGGAGAGCCAGAGGAGGACGCCAGCGGUCAGCAGGCCUUCCAGGAGCGACUCUCCUGUUUUAAAUGCAUCACGGACACCAUGCAGGAGCUGGUGAACCAGAGCAAAGCGGCCCCUCAGUCUCCCAGCGUCCCCAAACAACCCGGACCCCCCGUCAUGACCUCUGACCCCAACAUGCUGAGCAAUGAGGACGCUGCCGCUCAUUUUGAGCAGAUGCUGGGUCUCGCUCAGAGAUCUCAAGACGAGCUCUUCCACAUCGCUCUCUAUAACUGGCUCAUUCAGGCCGACCUCAGCGACACACUCCUGGAGGUGAACUCUCCGUACCUCGAGGAUCAUCUGAUGCACAUGAUCAAACAGGACCAGAGUAAAGUGAGAAACAUGGACCUUCUGUGGCGAUACUACGAGAAGAACAGAAGCUUUGGGAAAGCUGCACAUGUUCUGGCGCGGCUGGCUGACAUGCACAGCACGGAGAUCUCUCUGAAGCAGCGUCUGGAGUACAUCUCCAGAGCCAUCCUCUCCGCCAAGAGCUCGUCCUGCGUCUCUUCACUGGGAGCCGACGGAGAGUUCCUGCAUGAACUGGAGGAGAAGAUGGAGGUGGUGCGGAUUCAGGUGCAGAUCCAGGAAACGCUCCGCAGACAGUAUUCCCAGCAUCCCUCAGUGCAGGGAGCCAUCACACAACUCGACUCGGUGCUCAUGGACAUCACUAAGCUGUACGGAGAGUUUGCGGAUCAUUUCCGGCUGUCGGAGUGUAAGCUGGCCAUCAUUCACUGCGCGGGACAUUCGGACCCCAUCCUGGUGCACUCGCUGUGGCAGGAGAUCAUUGAGAAGGAGCUGAGCGACAGUGUGGCCAUGAGCCCGGCGGACCGCAUGAGAGCGCUGAGCCUCAAGCUGGUGUCUCUGGGGAAGUUAUACGCCGGGACACCUCGAUACUUUCCAUUAGAUUUCCUGGUGAAGUUUCUGGAACAGGAAGUGUGCCGGCUGAACUGGGACGUGGGUUUCGUCACCUUCACCCUCCAGGAGAUUGGAGUUCAGCUUCCACGACUGCUGGAGGUUUACGACCAGCUCUUCAAGACGCGGGACCCGUGUUGGCAGCGUGUGAAGAAGCCGCUGCACCUGGUGGAGUGCAUCCAUGUGCUCCUGUCAGGAUAUGUGAAUGACCCCAGCCGAGUGCCCACCUACGACAGACGGAGGUUCACUAACACUUGUCUAGAUAACAUCUGCGGGUAUCUGGUGGAGCUGCAGUCCUUGAGUCCGAACGCGGCUCUGCAGGACAUUAUACGCAACUUUAAAUGCCUUCAGGCCAAACUGGAGAAGCUCCAUUGAUGACAAUGAAGGACUUGCCAGCGGUCGUUCUGUUCUUGAUGAUAUUUGAUAGACAUCCUGAGACUACAGCAGCCUGACGCCUCUCAUCGCACCAGGUUGCAGUCUUUAUAUUUACUGAAAAUAUAUAAUGUUGACUCAUCCAGCCACGAAAAUGCCCAACACACAUCCGAAAUAAACACUUCUGAUAUAUAUUCUUCAGUUUGCGUAAGUUCUUGUGGUCAUCAGUAGAUAUGAAGGUGUAUAAUACAUGAUUUUAAUUUCUUAUCCAGUUAUAAUUAAUCAGCGGUGUCUGUAUGUCUGUAUGUGCUCAUAAACUGUCUGAGGAGGCACUUAUUCUUAAUGUUUUCUACUGCUGAAACACUGUCUGUGGUUGGUAACUUCCCCACGGAUGCUGGUUUUUACGUUUCUUGAUUGGGAUGUGAUGGCGGAUGGAUGGGAUGAAAGGAAACAUCGUGCUCUCGGGGGUUUUGUGCUAGACGUCAGGUUCAACAGGAGAGACUUUUAUGAAAAGGACACAUUUUUAUGAAGGCCUGAACCUUUUCAACCACCUUCUAGUUUUGUGUAUUAUGCAUUGCAAAUUAUUUGAAAAUAAAAUAAAAAGAAAAAGUUUUGUUUUAAAUUA